AUGCUCCCCGAGGAGCGCAAGGAGGGCAGCCCCCGCUUCGGGAAGCUCCACUUCCCUGUGGGGCUCUGGAUCAACUCCCCCAAGAAGCGCUUGGCCAAGAUGAGCCGGCGCUGGCCCAGCGCUGGAUCCGUGCGAUCCACCUCCUCGGACACGGCGAGCCGCGGCAGCGAGCCCUUGGAGCUGCGCCCGGCCUGCAAAGCCAAAGCCUCGCGCCACAAGCGCCUCUCCAACCUCUUCCAUCGCUCCGGCGCCGCCGGCACCGGCGCCCGUUGGCUCAGCGACAAGAAACUGGAGGAGUUGGUGGCUCCGGAGCGGGGCGGGGGGGGGGACCCCUCGGCAUCACCGCGCCAGCUCCCCGGCGUCCUCAAGGUCUUCGGGGGGAACCUCUCCCGCGGGGCCAACUACAAGAGCGUGCUGGCGACGGCGCGGUCCACGGCGCGGGAGCUGGUGUGGGAGGCGCUGGAGCGCUACGGCUUGGCCCCGGAUGACGGCGUCCUCAGGGAAUACGUGCUCUGUGACGUGGUGGGCAGGCCCAUGGGGGCCGGCGGGGGGUGGGUCAUGGAGCACCUGAGGCCCAUAGGGGACUCCGAGCGGCCGCUGGUGCUCCAGGACGUGUGGAAGCCCAAGAGCGGGUGCUCGAGGCGGUUCGAGAUCCGGCGGCGCCAGGAGGUGGAGAGCUUCUUCCAGGAGGAGGCUGGGGAGGGAGGAGGGCCCUCAUCCCAGACCCGGCGCCUGCAGCGCAACCGCUCCCGUGCGGCCUCGGGGGGCCCGGCCCCCCCCAAGGAGCGCUCCGAGAACCUCUCCCUGCGCCGCAGCAUCAGCGACAUGAACCUGAGCACCCGGCGCCGCAGGGACCGCAAGGCCGUGCUCAGCGUGGCCGGGGGGGACCCCACCACCCCCGCCCCCCCCCCGGGGCCCCCCCCAACCGACGGGACCCCCCCGACCCCCGGCCCCGAUGGAGCCGCUGCAGGGGGGGGUGAGGAGGAGGAGGAGGAGGAGGGAGGGGGGGACGGCACCAGCCUGGAGCAGCUCUCGCAGUGCCUCAUCCAGCCCCCCCAGCAUCACCCCUACUUCCUGCUGCUGCAGGGCUAUGGCAAGCAGGACUUUGUGCUCUACGUCAUGACUCGCUCCCAGCACAUCUUCGGGCGCCGGGGCCCCCCCGACCGCCCCCCCCAGGGGUCCCCCCCUUCCAUUGACACCUUCCUCAACGCCCCGGACAUCCUCCCCCGCCACUGCCUCGUACGGGCCCCCCCGGGGGUCCCUGCCACCGUGCGCCCCUACCGGGGGGCCCCCAUGACCCAUAAUGGGGUCCCUCUGUUCCGCCGGGCCCCAUUGAAACCCGGGGACCUGCUGGGGCUGGGGGAGCACUUCCUGUUGCUCUAUAAGGACCCCCGGGGGGGGGCCCCCCAAGAGCAGAGCCCCCCCUGGCUGGGGGCGCUGCGCUGCGAGGGCUGCAGUACCGGCAGGGGCCGCAGGGAGGCGCUGCGGUACCGGGCGGAGCACGAGGAGCGGCUCCUGCGGGAGAUCGUGCGGGAGCCCUGGGGUGCGGGGGGGGCCCCGCAGGGGAUGGGGGUCCUGGCCCCCGCUUUCCUGCUGGGGCUCUGCAUGGAGCACGCGUGGGGAGCGUUCCCCCCCCAGCACCUCCCGAGGCUGCUGAUGAGGAUCGCGGGGCUGGUGAAGGAGGAAGUUUGG